GCGCUCCAGAGUGGCGACAAGAAGUUGCGACACGGGCGGUCCUAGCUCGUAUCGAUACCUUUUUUCUGCUAGUAUACUAUCACGUCGAAUAUGGCUUGCAACGGCCAUUGAUGAGGCAGUAUUGCAGCAUGCCGUGAUUACAAUGGGCUGAAGAGGCAAUUUUCAAUUGGUGAGAUGCUGUACGAGUACACUCUUACCCUGCAUGAGUACAUGAUGAUUGAAGGAGCAGCAAUUGGUCUUCCGUUGCGCCACCGCAGAUCUGAAGAAAAAGAGCUAAUGCCCGAGGGGCCCACACCGCUAGGUUAACACGGUUCCGCAUCGUGCAAGUGCAAAGUGCAGUCUCUUUUGACCUCCGAGUCUUAUUUUCUUUCCCUUCGACAUACCGUCCAUUUGCCAUUGCCUGAUUGCUACUCGUUGUACCCUUCGGGCGCUGUUGGUGAUGGAUGAGGACGAAGAGCAUCGUGAGCCUUGGCUCGCUGAACCCCUGCUCUCUCCCCACGACCACACGGUCAAGACCAAUGGCUAUGGCACCGCUGUUGACGGAGCCGGCCUCGAGACUAUCGGGGAUGAAGCUGGAGGUGGACUUGUGACGACCAUGGGAAAGGAAGCCAGAUUGCUUUUCAAGUAUUCGGUCCCAUGCACAAUAACGUAUCUGCUCCAGUAUAGCUUCAGCCUGGUCACCAUAUUCGUCGCUGGCCACAUUGGCACCGACGAGCUGGGAGCAGUCUCUCUGGCUACUAUGACUGCUAACAUCACUGGAUAUGCUCUGUACGAAGGCCUCGCCAGCUCCCUCGACACAUUAUGCGCCCAAGCAUACGGUUCUGGCAGGAAAGAUCUUGUCGGCCUCCACUUCCAGCGGAUGAUUGUCUUCAUGCUCACGGUCACCCUAUUCAUUGGCGCCAUCUGGUUCAAUUCUGGAGUCAUUCUCAGUGCCAUGGUCCCUGAGCGCCAUCUCGCCCUCAUGGCUGGCAAAUAUCUAAGGAUCCUCCUUGCCAGUUGUCCCGGAUAUGCCAUCUUCGAGGCCGGCAAACGCUUCGUCCAGGCCCAGGGUCUCUUCAACGCGAGUCUAUUCGUACUCGUCCUCAGCGCACCGCUGAACAUGCUGUUCAAUUACGUUUUCGUCUUCGCACUUGACUGGGGUCUGACUGGCGCCGCGUGCGCUACCGUCGUCUCCAACACACUCCUUCCCAUUUUCCUUUACAUCUACAUCAUCUUCGUCGCCCCGGAAGCCCUCGACUGCUGGAACGGCUUCUCCCGCGAAGCCUUCUCAAACUGGGGCCCUAUGGCCAAGCUCUCCGCAGCCGGCAUCAUCAUGGUCGAAGCCGAAUGGCUAACCUACGACAUCCUCACCUUCUCCGUAACCCACAUCUCGACCGCGCACCUCGCGGCCCAGAGCCUCUGCAUGACCAUCUCGAACGUAAUGUGGCACAUCCCAUUCUCCGUCUCCGUCGCCGUAUCCACGCGCCUCGGCAACCUCGUCGGCGCCUCCUCCCUCAGAGCCGCCCGCAUCGCCACCCGCACCUACGUCCUCGUCUUCUUCUGCAUCGGGCUCCUCAACGCGGGCAUCGUCGUCCUCGCCCGGCACUCCCUCCCCCGCUUCUUCACCGAAGACCCGGAGGUCAUCGCCAUCGCCGUCAGCGUCAUGCCCGCCAUCGCUAUCUUCCAGCUCGCCGACGCGUUUACCUCGCUCGCCAACAGCAUCCUGCGUGGUCUGGGUCGCCAGGCCGUCGGCGGGUACGUCAAUUUGUUUGUCUACUACGUCGUCGCGGUGCCGUUGAGUCUGUUCUUGUGCUUCGGAAAGCCGGAUCUAGGGCUUGCAGGGCUCUGGACGGGGUGUGUGACGGGGGCGUGGUUGAUUGCGGGGAUAGAGGGCGCGUAUUGUAAGAUGACGAGUUGGAAGAGGGCGAUCGAGGAUGCGAAGGAGAGGGAGGAUUGAACGGGCUUUGUGGAUGAAGGAGUUUCUAGACUACGCAACGUCUUUCUUUUGUUGGAGGAGCUUGGGUUAAGCGUUGUUGUAGUCGACUCGCUCCAUCGAGGCUUCGAUCUUAGUAUAACUCAAAUUAUAUACAUACAUCCACAAUCUAACAGCUCAUCUUAC